AUGUCCGAAUUAAUUCGUGACACAGUCUUUGGACACGUAGUGCGUUUCAUCACCAAGGGCAGAGUCUUGCAAUAUGCAGAAGAAAGAGAUCCCUCACUAUGGAAGCAAUACCUUGACCGCGAGCAGACCAAAAAUAUGGCCUUGUAUGGCCACCCAGACGACAAAACACCGGAAGAGAAGCAAGAGCGUGAGAGUGCCCCGGUCAGCGAAACACAAAGCAAUGCCAACGGCAACGUCAACGGAGCCAAUUUGUCAGACGAGUCUUCCCAAACGCGCGCAGAGGAUGGAGAUCACCAACUGAGCAGUACAAUCACGGGGCAGAAGAUUGAUCCAGAAAAAGGGCGAGAUACUACAAUGGUGACUUGGUUUGGCGACAAUGACCCAGAGAUGCCACUGAAUUGGUCGACUCUGAAGAAAGUCUUUGUAACCUUCGAAAUCUGCCUCCUGACCUUUUCGGUCUACAUUGGCUCGGCCAUCUACAGUGCGGGAGAAGAAACCGUCGUUAAAGAUUUUGGCGUCUCACAAACAAAGGCCACUCUUGGCCUGACCCUCUUCGUCGCUGGCUAUGGCCUCGGACCUAUGAUCUGGGCCCCCAUGAGCGAAAUCCCCCAGAUAGGAAGGAACCCUAUAUACAUCGGCACUUUGGCAGUAUUUGUCAUUUUCCAAGUGCCAACGGCGUUGGCGGUGAACUUUGCCAUGCUGUUGUGCUUUCGCUUCCUGACCGGCUUUAUCGGCAGUCCGGUACUGGCCACUGGGGGAGCGAGUAUAGGAGAUAUGUUUGCACCAAACAAGAGAGCGUAUGGUAUCGGCAUUUGGGGCAUUGCGGCCGUUUGUGGACCUGUGCUUGGACCAUUAGUAGGGGGUUUUGCCGCUCAGGCUGAGGGCUGGGCAUGGACAAUAUGGGAGCUCAUGUGGCUCUGUGGGUUUUCAUUGGUUCUAUUUAUCUUCUUUCUGCCCGAGACAAGCUCGUCCAACAUCUUGUAUCGGAGGACGAGGAGGUUGAGGAAAUUGACGGGUAUCGAAAGCCUUAGAUGUCAGCCAGAGAUUAUGGGCGAGCAGAUGACCGGGAAAGACAUCGUCCUCAUCGCUCUCGUCCGGCCAAUCACCCUCAACUUUACAGAACCGAUGGUGUUCCUCCUCAACUUGUAUAUCGCCCUUAUUUACGGCCUCCUAUACAUCUGGUUCGAAUCAUUCCCCAUCGUCUUCGAAGGAAUAUACAAGUUCAACCUGGGCGAAGAAGGUCUGGCAUUUGUGGGAAUCCUAGUCGGCGCAAUCAUCGUUAUCCCACCAUUCUUCUACUACCUCCACAAGGUAGUCGAACCUCAAUUCAAUAAAAAUGGCGAACUCACUCCCGAAAAGCGCCUCCCUCCAGCUUUCGUCGGCGCAUUCUGCAUCCCCAUCUGCCUCUUCUGGUUCGGCUGGUCCGCACGCCCCAGCAUCCACUGGAUCCUGCCAAUCAUCGGCUCCGGGUUCUUCUCCGUCGGCACCUUCCUCCUCUUCAACUCCGUCCUCAACUACCUACCGGAUGCAUACCCGGAGUAUGCGGCCAGUGUGCUCGCAGGGAAUGAUUUCAUGAGGAGCAGUUUUGGCGCAGGGUUCCCGCUGUUUGCAACGGCAAUGUAUAAGAAUUUGGGGGUUGCGUGGGCGAGUUCGACGUUGGGGUUCUUGUCGAUUGCGUUUAUACCGAUACCCUUUGUGCUGUAUAGGUAUGGUGAGACGAUACGGAAACGUAGCAAGCUUGCCAGACAAGAUUUCUAG